AUGUUCUCCAUAUUCAACAUCUGGGGCACGUUCAUCAAUGUGCUCUUCUACCUCAGCCUCAUUGUCAGCCUGGCGGGGCUGGUGGGCAAUGCCCUGCUGCUCUGGCACCUUGGCCUGCACAUCAAGAAGGGCCCCUUCAACAUCUACCUGCUCCACCUGGCUGCUGCCGACUUCCUCUUCCUCGCCUGCCAGGUGGGCUUCUCUAUUGCCGAGAUCGCCUUGGGCUAUGAGGACACACUCCACUUCCCGGUCGUCUUCCUAUGGUUUGCAGUGGGACUCUGGCUGCUGGCUGCCUUCGCUGUGGACUGCUGCCUCAACUACAUGUUCCCCUCUUACUGCAGCUCCAGCUGCCGCCCCAGGUACACCUCAGCUGUGCUCUGCCUCCUGAUCUGGGCAUUGACCAUGCCAGCCGUGCUCCUGCCGGCCAAUGCCUGUGGACUGCUGUACAAGGGGCUGAGCGUGUUCGUCUGCCUCAGAUACCACUGGGUCAGCGUCAUCUGGCUGGGCGUGCUGGUGAGCAUGGCCUGUGGGGCCAGCAUGAUUCUCUUGAUCUGCGGGAACUGCUGCUCUUUGCAGCCACCCCCCAAGUUCUGCAAGGUGGCCCAGUGCCUCGGGAUCCUGCUGUUCUUCUGUCGCCUGCCCAUGGUUGUCUACUGGAGCCUGCGGCCAGUCAUAGCAUUUCUGCUCCCCUUCUUCUUGCCAUUGGCCACCCUCCUAGCCUGUGUUGACAGCAGCGUAAAACCCCUCUUGUACUACAUGAAGGGCCGACAGCUCAGGAAAAGGGAGCCGCUGCGGGUUGUCCUAAACAGGGCUCUAGGGGAAGAGUCCCAGUCAAACCUUGGGGGUCUAUCCCUGCCUAUGAGCCAAGCAUAGAGUGGCCAUCCUAUGCCCACUUGCUCUGCCCUCAGAGCUGCCCCAGUCUUGCUCAAACCCUUGCCAUGUCCCAGCUCUGCUUCUACAGACUUCAGGGCUCCCUCUCAUAAGCAGGGGAGAAGGGAAAGAGUCCUGGUUGCAUGUUGGACAUUUAAAGGACAUGGCAAGGAGGACAGGAAGAGAGAGGGGCAGGUGGAGGAAGGUGGACCCCAGAGCUACAGUGAGGGCAUGUGCCCUGCAUCCUUCUGCCCCAUGGUACCCAACCCAAGAAAACUGCCCCUCAGCCCCAGUGGGCCAGAUGACAGGAGCUUUGCUUCCUCCUGCCAUAGAUGGGCCAGGUGACUGGAGACUCAGCACCAGCUCCUAGGGAGCAUUCGCCGCUGCUCCUGGGGACACUAGCCCUUCAGCUCUGGGCACAGUGUUGGAGGCAUCCAUUACAGGACCUCUUCAAAACUGCUGUUUCUCCCUCCCUCAUCCCAACGUUUGCUACAGGGCCUUCAUAGUCCAUGUGACUACACCGGGCUGCCUCCCCAAUUCUCCAGCCUGGUGUUACCAAUGAAGAGCACGAGGUGGCGCUGUUUUACCACUAAACAGACCCAAUCUGUCCUGGCCCCAGGGCCACCCCAAGAUGCUGCAUCCUGGCUAUUUCUGCCUUUCUGGUACCCCAGAGCACCCCUGGCUCCUUCUACUUGCUAUUUCUGCUCUCAGUGCCAGCAGGGCUCCCCUGGCUCCUCCCA